GUCAAAUUAAAGUGUCAAAAUUUUUGUAACAUUUUUACUAUACACACGAAUUUUAAAUUAUGAGUUCCUUGGAUAAAAUGGUUUCAAUGUUAAACAACAGAGACAUAUGGAAGUUAAAGAUGAAGGAGGCGAAAUACGAUUCUGGUUUCCACGUGGAAGGGGAACGUGAUGUAAAUAAUUUGGACAUAAUCUUGGAAACUUUUCUAAUUGCGUAUGAUUGCAUAACAACUGCUCUCGAGGAGAUAAUUAAAAAUGCUUCAGAAUCUGUGCCACUUAAGUCAACUAACGGCGAAUUGGAGGAAAUUACUUGGUCAAUUUCCAUCGGACAAUUUGAUGCGCUAGUAAACUCGUUAUUAUUAAUUAGGAAAAUCCCAAAAUGUAAAAUAUUGAAGGGUAACAUCAAACUGUUCCAAUGUCCUAUUGAUUGCCUUAUUGAGGCAUUACAACAAUCGAUUCGAUGUCCUAUUAUCACAGGCACAUACAGAAUGCAUCUGAAGAAGGAAGCGGUUGCUCAGCUGACCCUUUUAUACACAUUUUUGCACGACGACAUUGAAGGAAUAAAAGAAUACAGCGACUGCGGUACACUAAACGAGCGAGAGACUCUGACAAACGGGCACUUCUCCAAGAGUCACCAAGGAGUACAUAUAACUAAGGACAAGUCCAAAGUCUCUAUAGAGCUGUCUCGCUUAGAAGCAGAACACCGAGCGCUAUGUGAUGCUAUUAACAUCUUCAAGAGUGCACUACGCGAAACCGGUAAUUUGGACUAUUCCAAUGUUGGUGGUACAGUAGCGAUGGAUAACCACUGCACAAUAUCAUUAAAAUGUCCCAAAUCACUUACGUCAUUAGAGAAGGUAAAUCAGUGUGUGACAGAUGCAUCUGGAGCAAGGCGGUGUAUUUUGGAGUGCCUGUGUGAAGUAACAGAGGAUUCAAGAUGUAUUCAAUUUAUUGAAAGGUACCAUCCACUCAUGAGUAGAGGAACUGUUUCCCUUAUACGCGAACAGCAGUGCAGUAGCCUUCUCGAUCUACCUAUUUCGGCGGUGCAUUGGCCAAGAACGAUUGAAAGUAAAACAUUGUGUGAUCAUCAUUUUUGUAAUCCACAUCCACAAAUUUUGGAAAAUGUAAGCAUAGGAAACAACUUUAAGCGUAGUGUAAAGCCUUCACUCACUAUGAGCAAAGAUUUAGAAUACUACAUCAAUUUAAGAGACCAUCGAUGCCAAAAUAUAAAUACGACAUUUGAAGUUCGAUACUUUGUGCUCGAACGUGAAUCACCGUCGAAAGAACGUGCCCAUUUUAAAUCUAACAACAAUGCAAAAGAAAACAAACAUAAAAAGAAGCAAAAAAGUAAAGAGGAUUAUGAGAUUAAUGCAGAUGCGAUCGAAGUUCGAGUUUUUGAAUUUAAAAGAAAAAAUGUGUCCGAAGAAAAAGAGAUUAUGCAUAAGCUCAAAACUAAACUACAUUCGGACCCCUGUGACAAAGGGUCUAACUCGAAUCAGCAAGAGGAACCAUCCGACCUUCAAAUUCAAUCCUCCAUUACUUCAAGCGAAGUUUUUUCUGAAGUGAUCUCUCCUAUAAUGCAGAAACCUACAAGAAAUGCUACAUUCACAGCAGAAGAACAUUUGAAUCAUCACGAAUUGCAACAGUAUCAAACACCCAUGCAUUUACAGCAUUGUGCCGUAAAUACCUCGAAAAAACCAGGUGCACCCUACUCCAUCCACACAAAAAAUAAUCCUGGUCAACGACAGCACUCUCGGGAAUGCAACAUUGCAGGAAACAAACCAAAAAGUGCUCCUCCGUUGAAAUUCCAAAACAAGCAACGUAUACAAAGUAAUCGAUUUCGAGAUCUUUUUAAAAACAAUUACACUCCAAAAUCAGAUAUAAAUAGCAGUAUAAUGGCAGCUAACUCACGAGGCAAAGAUUCAAAAACACACCCAUUAUUUUUGAGUAGAAAAUGUGCAGCAACGAAUAGUUGUGAGAGGGAUGGCGUUUUAAAACAAUAUCACAACCGGUUUCGGUGCAGAGGGGGUGACUGUAGUUUUGCAAGGAAUGGAAAUAUCUGUGUUGAAGUCGCCAACCAAUCAACCACCAGCAUAAGUGUUCAAUGUGAUAUUUUGGGCGGAGAACAGGAAAACGCCAGGCCACCACACAAGAUGAAUAUGCGUUGCCCGAACGGCAUUAUCAUAAGCAAAUGCGAGGAAAAAGAGUUGUAUGAUCUAGAUUAUCUGACUCAUACUUCCCAAAAACCACAUCAAAGUCGUUUAAGUAACUGGCAUCAAAUGACAUCUAGGUCACAUGAUCGUGCGCAUUAUAUGCCCCAACAAGAAAACAGAAGAUAUUCGUCCCCGUUAUGUAAUCCGUUAAUACUAAACAACGAAUUUGAUAGCAACAUGUACAAGAAAUUUUAUGACAUAGACAUCGUUCCUGAACAGGCUGACGAUUUGGAUUUGCCAUACAAAUUAAAAGAAGUGUCAAGUUGGUGUGAAGAUCAAAGUAAAAUGUAUAUGGAAAAUGGCUACCCAAUUACUGACAACGUUACAUUCCAACAAACAUCGGAUGUUUACCUAAAUAGCCCCAAUUGUUCAAUUUACCAUAACGAAAAAUUUUCCGAAAAAGAUAGCUACCAGAACAAUUACGUACACCCCUGUAUAAUGGACUCAAACUACAAUAGUCAAGAAGACCGGUUUCCCGCUAAUACAAUUUACCGAUCUCAAUCGUCCUUAGAUAACAGAAACACAAGUAUCACCGAAUUCAGUAAAUCAAAUAUCGGUCAAUAUGAAUUACCUACUGACGGCGAUAUUAUCCCAACAUCAAAUCCUAAAAUGUUUAAAGUAGAUAACUAUCAAGACAGGAAUGUGUAUCACAUACAAGACAAUGAAUGUUACACCAAUUGUGUAUGGAGUGAAGAUGAAGAGAAAAUUAGAAAUAAAUUAGCAAACCAUUGUGACCAAUCGAGGUAUAGUAUUGUGGUAUCGUCGAUGAGUGACGCGGAAACAUCAACCCAAAAUUGCGGACUGCCCUACUGUAAUGAGAAAGUGUUAUAUGGCAACCCAAACUUUAAAACAGGCACAACUUACGAAACCAGACGUUUAACCUCAUCUAGUUGUGAUAAAACUACCCAAUUACCACCAAUUACAUAUAGAAGUCAAUCGUUACUGUUGCAAAAUAAGAAGUUUUUUUGUGGAGAUUUUGAUUAACUAAUCUAUGAACAUAUGAGUGACCAUUAAUGCUGUCCAUUCUACCACCCAGGUCCCUUGCGUAUUUUUUAUACAAGAAUGUAAUGAAAUUUGAAAGAAUAUGUAAACACAAAUAAAGACUACAGUGUUCAUCGUUUCUAUUGACUGAACUCAUUAAGAGAAGUCAUUUAUAGAAACAUUUCCUCCCCACAAGGAUUUGUCACAUCUAAGUACUGAUACGCUAUUAAAUAUGUAGAUUUUACGAACCUUUACGAGGAAGUUUGCCUGCAGACUCUUCUGUGUCAAAUUUGUAAAACUCUUCAUUCUCAAUGCUUCUCUGAAAGUUUAAAAGUUGUAGCUUGAUAACUAGUUUGGAAACACAAGUGCGUAAGGUCUUGGAUUAUGACGUAUUAGUUUUAGUAUUCUCUGGUACUAAGUAGACUAACAUCUGUUUGGGUUUCUUAUUCUAGGCAAGCAAUUAUUUCAAAUAUUUCAAAAAUUAGUUUUAU